AUGUCUCUUUUGAAGAAAGGAGGCUAUACAAGUUAUGUUUCAACGCGUUCAGAAGAUGACUCGGUAAUUGACCAUGAAAUACAAAAUGUCUCGUCAUCGCGGGUUUAUAUCUUUGGGAAUGAUCGAGCCGAGGAAGUUGAGAUCGAGGAUGAUUCAGUGGAGAUGACAGAGCUUAGACCAAGGAGUAGAAACAAGAGAUCAUAUGCAUCCACUAAAACAGCCUCUAAACAGUCUAAGAAGACAGAAACUAUCGAUCGUGAAAUUCAACCAUCUGAUACCAUUCAAAGUUUCUCUCUACAAUACGGGUGUACGGUAUGUGAUUUUAAUACUUAUUUCAAUUUAAUUUGUUCCACUUUUUAUGCCAAUUGAUAUAUUAUAUACAAAUGGAUAGGAAGACGAAAAUAAAAACUUAUAUAUUAUGCUUAUCCCUGUUUUAUGUUCCAAGGUUGGAAAUUAUUUGUACAAUCAAUAAUUAGCUUGGAUCAUACUCCUUACAUAACCUUAAAUAAUGCCGUUUUGAAUUGGUAAUGUUGUUUUAUAACUUCAUGAUUAACUUAAACACGUUAUAGAGGUGAGUGUAAGGGUUUUUAUUUUUCUAUGAUCAAGAAUACCAUGCCCUUUAGUUCGAUACAACCUAUAGAACUCGAGGGCGUCAAGACGAAAAAAAUAAUAUUGGUUACCGUAACAUUUUUUCUCGGCUAGAAUACUGGUUGAUGUGGCAGAGGACUGCAAACGAGGGCGAAGAUGAAAACAUUGAUAUUGGUUACCAUAACAUUUUUUCUUGAGUAGAAAACUGGUUGAUCUGGUAGAGGGCUCCAAACUAGAGAAGGAAUUAUGUUAAAUUUUGGCGAUCCUGUUCGGCUUAAUUUCAAGAAUUGCAUAAUUUUCCUUCAAUUUGCUUCAGGAAAAAAUUGAGGAAAGGAAAAUUGAAGUACUGCCAAUCAACUGGAUUGAAGUACAAUUCCAUUAGUUAUUAUUUGCAUUUAACCAUUUCGCGCUUGUGAGUGUAUGGCCUCUGAUAUUUCCUUACAGUAUCACCUUUGAAUUAAAUGUAACACACUGGUGUGGUUGUUAGGUUCUUGUUCUGGAGAGUGUGUUAGAACUGUUAGUAUUCCCUUAUGGGAAUAACAGAAAUGAUCAGCACUUAAGAGACUCCUGAUUGUCAAAAAAUUCCCUAGUCAGUAUCAUAGGAAAUGUUAAGAAAACAGUGUUCCAGAGAAUAUGAUUGCUAAAGUUAAAAUAAAGUUAUUUAAAUUUUUUUGGGUGCAAAUUUUCAUACCAAAUUUAAAUAUGGAAUUUACAGACUCAUGUUGGCUUGUAUUGUAAAUGUUGAUACUGACUGAGCAUUGUUAUUUCCACAGAUUGCAGAGCUAAAGAGAGUUAACAACCUAUACAGUGAUCAAGAUUUUUAUGCACUUAAGACCAUUAAAAUCCCAGUCCAACCACAUGGGAUAUUGACUGAAGUUUCUGAGAAAAAGCAAAGACCUCCAUCUCUCAAAAUACCAGGGAACCAGCCUUCUUCAUCAGGGGUAGAUAAUGAUGAUGAGAAUGACGAGUCUGAUUACGAGGGCAUGGAACCCAAUGGAGAGUGUGUUAGAACUGUUAGUAUUCGGUCUGCUCUUGAUUCACCAAACAGCUUUCUAAAGCACAUGGACAAUGAUCUUAAACUUAUUUGCAAAUCAACACCUUUGCGGAAGAGUAAUCUUGAUGAAGUCACAAGAACACUGACGAUUAAUUGCAUAAACCCUAUAAAACUGAGAAAACAGCAAGAAAAGACACUUGGUGCUGCUUGCGGAGUUGGUUGGAAGGGAGUAAUUGUGCUUGUGUUUGUUGUAGGUAUUUUACUGCCUGGAUUCAUUGCCUUUGUAUACCUUAGAACAAAGUACACAGAUCAGGACCAAAGUUCUGAUAAUAGCUGACCAAAAUAUAUUUUUUUAUAUUUAUGGCACAUACAGACAUAAAUUUUGACUAUUUAAUACUCCUUGUACAAAAAAUUUAGUGAUGGAAUUAUUGAAAUGAAAGUGAGAAAGAAAUCAAAGUGGAGUUCUAUUGGUGAUGUACACUGCCAGAUUAAGAUAUAAAUUAUACAAAAAUAGUGAGAUUUAGUCGCAAAGUUAGUUAUGUAAAACAAAAUUUACUGAUCAUAAUGGACAUUAAUCAGUGGCUCAAUCUGUAAACUUUUUUAUCUUUCUCAACUUGAUGCUAAUAUAAUAUGUUACAAUAUUGUUGGAGUUUUUGAGUGCUCCCUACCUGUGCAUAAGCUUAGGACAUUUCUACAGUUGUUGCAAACCCUAGCCAUACUUCCUUCUAAAACAUUUUCUUGUGUUGUCAAGGACUCAAUCUUAGGCCACUGCAUACUAUACAAGUCUAAUAGUCUUGAGGAUAAAAUUAAUUCAUUUCACUCAAAGAUCUUUUUAACUAAGUGUCGACAGUAAACUUUGUUUUGACUGGCAAUGGUGUUACAUCAUUCAGUUGGAACACAGCUUAUCACAUUACUUUGUUGGACAAAAAAAUAAGAGACAGAGAAGGAUUUUCUGUUCAAACUCUAAAGACAAUUUGGACUCCAACCCUUGUUAUCCACAGGGCUACCCAAACAGACCAAGGCUAUGAGGAUAACUGUGCUUACUACUUUUGCCAUCCAAGACUCGUACACAUGUUCUGACAAGCCUCUGUGAAGCAUGCAUAAAUAUGUUGUUGUUUUUUCUUGAAAUGUCCCACAACUUUGUAGGGCAACCAAAAUGAUUCACGAGGAAAAACAGUACAUUCUCUCGACUUUAGGAAUAAGUUUGAGCAGUAAUCAUUAAGAAAGUGGUGCUAUCAUGUAAUCUUUGCUUCCACAAACGACUUUCUUCUAUUGGCCAAUAUUGAAGAAGACCUAAAUGCACUAUUUCCUAUUAUCAAAUUACAGUUGUGCUUGAGGCAUCUGCCUUUUGUAACAAUUCUUGCAUUGAUAUUUAGGUUGUUAUUUGAAAACUCUCUUCCUUCAAAGGGCUUUUGCUAUUUGAUAG